AUGGAAGUACUAAUUCAAAGACGAAAACCUAUUAGAGCAUCUUUUACGAGAAUAUAUAAUGGAAUUAAAUUUGAAAUAGAUAAAGAAAACCCGGAUGAAGAAUUUCUAAGAUCAAAAUUGACAACUUUAAAACGUUUGGCGGACGAACUUCGUUCUUAUGAUAUUCAAAUUUUAGAUUCAAGAUAUUCUUCUGAAGAGCAGUUUAACAGCGAAUGGGAAAGCGUGGAAGAAUACAAAGAAAAAUUAGAUUUAAUCCAAGUUAAAGUUGAAAUGUUCUUCUCUCACCAAAUUGCGCAAUCCGUCGCCAGUGUGCCUCCAAACUUAAACAAACGAAAACUCAAGCUGCCUGAAAUAGUAUUAAAACAAUUCGGUGGGGACAUUAAAGAUUGGUUGCCAUUUUGGGGGCAAUUCCAACGAAUUCAUGAUGAUAAAGAAAUUCAAAAUGAAGACAAAUUUCACUACUUAAUCCAAGCUACUGUACCUGGUACUAGACCACACGACAUAGUAAAUAGCUUCCCGGCAACCGCAGAAAAUUAUCACAAAGUCAUAGAAAGCUUGAAAAAUAGAUUCGGACGGGAAGAACUUUUAGUGGAAUUUUAUAUCCGAGAAUUGUUAAGUCUAAUUAUUAAAAAUGUAACUGAGCAAAGAAAAAGGUGCAGUGUGUCCGAGCUGUACGACAAAUUAGAAUCCUAUUUGCGUUCGAUGGAAUCAAUUGGAAUGACAAGCGACAAAUACUCUGCCAUGUUAUUUCCACUCGUUGAAUCGUGUAUUCCUGAGGAGUUAUUAAGAGUUUGGCUGAGAAAUCAUGCAUCAAUAAUCACAGAAGAAAAUACUUAUUCCGAAAAAUUAAAACAAUUAUUGUUAUUUUUGAGAAAUGAAGUUGAGGGAGAGCAGAGAAUUUCUCUAGCAAAAACUGGGUUUAAAUUUGAUUUUGGUGCACGAAACAAAGUUAGAAGGGAUAAAAGGUUCCAAAAUGAAGAUCCCGUGCCUACUGCGAAUGAAUUAUUCUCAGGCCAUAAGAAAACAUUUAACCUUGGGAAAAAGAACUCUUGCAUUUUUUGUGAGAAACAACAUGAAAGCCAAAAUUGUUUUGUGGCUCAAAAAAUGACUUUAACUCAAAGGAAUGAUGAAAUUAAGAAGAGGAAUGGAUGUUUCAUCUGCCUAAAAAUUGGACAUAGGGCCAAGCAAUGUAGGUCAACUGUUCGAUGCUUGAUAUGCUUAAGAAGACAUUGGGCUGUAAUGUGUCCAGACUUACAAACAUGUAAAAAGAAAGAUGAUGAUAGAAUUAAGGAGGAGGAUGCACAAAAGGUAUCUUUAGCAAGUACCAGUUUUAAUUAUCCAGAUGAAGUGUAUCUUCAAACUUUAUUAGUGAAUAUCGAAUCUAAUAAAAGGCAGAAAACGGUAAGGGCACUUAUUGACACUGGAUCACAGCGUUCAUAUAUAUUAAAAGGAACGGCUGAAGAAAUUGGGUGCCAUUCAAAUGGAACAGAAACUUUGAUUCAUGCUUUUUUUGGAGGAGCCACAACAAAGAGAGAAACCCACAAACGUUAUGAAGUGUCUCUUAGUAGCCUAUAUGGCAAUUAUUCUAGAAGAUUAAACCUUUUGGAACAAUUAAAGAUUUGUGGACCAGUGACCAGUUUGCAGCCUGGACCAUGGAUAGAAGAAAUGAAACAAAAAGGUAUCACUGUCUCUGAUGUUGGAAGAAAAGAUUUGAAAAUAGAAAUCCUUAUUGGAGCAGACGUCGCAGGUGCAUUGUUAACGGGAAAAGUUCACAAAUUAGAAAACGGAUUGGUUGCUGUGGAAUCUUUGCUCGGAUGGACAGUUAUGGGUAGAAUAAAUUAUUACAGUUCAAAAAGUAAUGUGUCUAUAUAUCCAGGAAAAGACGGCAAUAUUCGUGUUGUUCGUGUCAAAACCGCUUCCGAAGAAUUAGUUCGACCAAUAAAGAAAAUAUUCCCCCUCGAAAUACCUUCAUCUAUGGAGUCAGAUGAGAAAAAUGAAACUGCAACACUUGAAAAGGAAAAUAUAAUUUCUGAAUCACAGAUGAACAAUUCUGUUCCAAAGUUGUCCCAGAAGUUCAGAACUAUCGUGACUAGAUCUGGAAGACAAAUUAAACUCCCAUCCAAAUUUAUUACUUGA